GUCUUUUUGGACGGAAAGAACAAAAAAACAAAGAAGACAAUUCAUACAAUGAGACCACACCUCCAGAAACUCCCUAUAUAAGGCCCAAUCUGUAUCCAAGCUUAAACCCCGAAGAUGAUACUUCCAAAAUCUCUCUACCGUAUGUGUUAGUUCCUGAAGGUGUAGAGGUAACAUCAGAUAUUGACAUUCGCCCCCUGAAAGCAAAAGGUGAGAACGGUGACCCUUUGCAGUCUGUACCAGUGACACUAGUGGUUGACUUGGAAAGUGUUAAUUUAGGAUCAUUGGAUAGUGAUUUUCGAAACUUCAGUUCUUUGCUCCUAUCCAUUCUGGAGACCGAUAAAAGGCAAGAUUACAAUUAUGAUUUUUCACUUGAGCGAAGGAUAUUGAAAGAAGAGCAGCAAAUUAAUGCAAUGUCUGAAUAGUGUAAAUGUAUGAUCGUUUCUAAAAAGUUCAGGUUCCUAUGUAAUCAGAUUUUAAUUAAAUAAACUCAUCGUCAUAAUCUCAUCAUCUCUCUGCUCAGCUAUUUGCUGUUCAAUAGGUUUCAAACGCUUUUUUACAACAACAAGGCAAGGCUUUUAAGCAACAAGGAAAAUAUUCAAUAGGUCUCAAGCGCUUUUUUAGCAACAAGGAAAAUUUGGAAAGUAUGUCCUAGUUAAAUGAUUUUAGUCUGAUCACUGCUAAAAAGGCACAUCAUAGACAUGUUCUGCUGAUAGCUUGGUAUUUAAAAUGAAGGACAAACCCAAAUUUUAUGCCUGUAAUAUCCUCUCUAUUCUAUUAAAAUCAUUUUUAAGAUGCUCGCUGGACGGGGUAAGGAAGGGGAGUAAGACGGUCGGUGGGCAGAAGAGAGGAAGGGGAGUUCCAAGGUCAGAGUUUUAAUAGGGGUCUUUACUUUCAAAGGCCUUUUUUUAGUUAUUAACAGUUAUAUGGGGUCCCGUCAUGGUCGAAUUCCGAAAAUUCCGAGUAAGAAGAAGGUCAUUAAGAAUAUUGUUUUGCGGAAAAUUUUUCUUUGAUACAUAGUUUUGUUACCUUUUCAAUUAAAAUGAUUCGCUCAUUAACCGCCAACAGGUAAUUUUGAUGCUUUGGGGGCGCGCAGCGGCUUGAAGCCAGUACCCCCAGUUUAUAAUAAUUAUGAAAAUAAACAAUACACACCAAAAUAAUAUUCUUUUUUUCUCUAA